AACAAAAUGAAGGAACCAGUGUCAAACAGUACAACCAAUAUAUCUCAAGCCAGAAAAGCUGUGGAGCAAUUAAAAAUGGAAGCAUACAUGGAUAGGAUGAAGGUAUCCAAGGCUGCAGCAGAUUUAUUGGCUUAUUGUGAUGCUCAUAUUGCAGAAGAUCCUCUUAUUAUUCCAGUACCUGCAUCUGAAAAUCCCUUUAGGGAGAAGAAACUCUUUUGUACUAUCCUUUGA